AUGGCGAAAGCUAAAAAGAACAACGUGCAGAUUCAUCUACCAGUAGAUUUCAUCACUGGGGAUAAGUUCGACGAAAAGGCUCAGGUUGGCCAAGCUGAUGGAAAGUGUGGAAUUCCAGAUGGUUGGAUGGGUUUGGACGUCGGCCCCAAAACAAACGAAUUGUUCAAGGCUCCCAUACAAAGAGCAAAAGUCAUUGUUUGGAACGGGCCUGCUGGAGUAUUUGAAUUUGAUAGUUUCGCAAAGGGUACUAAAUCUCUCAUGGAUGAAGUUGUUAAAGCAACACAGAAAGGAUGUAUAACUAUCAUAGGUGGUGGUGAUACAGCCACCUGCUGUGCUAAAUGGAACACUGAAGACAAGGUGUCUCAUGUAUCGACUGGUGGUGGUGCUAGUCUGGAGCUUCUGGAAGGAAAGGAAUUGCCAGGUGUUGCUGCUCUCUCCCCAGCCUAA